GGGGCCUUGCCCUCCUGCCGCCUGCCUGCCCGCCUGUUCGCUCCAGACCGUCUGCGGAGGGCAGAGCUGUUGGUUACAGAAAUGGCGGAGGGGGAGCUGGACGUCGACUCGCUGAUUUCCAGGCUGUUAGAGGUGCGAAGAUGUCGUCCAGGGAAGAUUGUCCAGAUGACGGAGGCUGAGGUGCGCGGCCUCUGCAUCAAGUCCAGGGAGAUCUUCCUCAGUCAGCCGAUCCUGCUGGAGCUGGAGGCUCCCCUCAAAAUAUGUGGUGACAUCCACGGACAGUACACAGACCUGCUGAGGCUCUUCGAGUACGGCGGUUUCCCCCCCGAGGCCAACUACCUUUUCCUGGGUGACUACGUGGACAGAGGGAAACAGUCUCUGGAGACCAUCUGCCUGCUGCUGGCUUACAAGAUCAAAUACCCUGAGAACUUCUUCCUGCUGAGAGGCAACCACGAGUGCGCCUCCAUCAACCGCAUCUACGGCUUCUACGACGAGUGUAAACGCAGAUUCAACAUCAAACUGUGGAAGACGUUCACCGACUGCUUCAACUGCCUGCCCAUCGCUGCCAUCGUGGAUGAGAAGAUCUUCUGCUGUCACGGAGGUUUGUCUCCUGACCUUCAGUCUAUGGAGCAGAUCCGACGCAUUAUGAGACCAACAGAUGUGCCCGACACAGGUCUCCUGUGUGACCUGCUGUGGUCAGACCCAGACAAGGACGUCCAGGGCUGGGGAGAGAACGACCGCGGCGUCUCCUUCACGUUUGGAGCUGAUGUAGUCAGCAAGUUCCUGAACCGCCACGACCUGGACCUCAUCUGUCGAGCCCACCAGGUGGUAGAAGACGGCUAUGAGUUCUUUGCCAAGCGGCAGCUGGUGACUCUGUUCUCGGCUCCCAACUACUGUGGAGAGUUCGAUAACGCCGGCGGCAUGAUGAGCGUGGACGAAACACUCAUGUGCUCCUUCCAGAUCCUGAAGCCGUCUGAGAAGAAAGCAAAGUACCAGUAUGGAGGCAUGAACUCGGGACGGCCUGUUACUCCUCCCCGCACAGCCCAGCCUCCCAAGAAACGAUGAAGGACAGACGUAGGGAGGGAGGGAAGGGAGGAAGAGACGGAACGAGGGGGGACGACGGUCACUGGUUGUCUCCUGUCGGCUUAUUUUUUGUUUUGUUUUUGUUUCUCAACGACCUUUCGUCGAGUAAAGGCCACAAACACUCUGCUGUGGACUAAAACAGACGCACGCACACACACACACACACACGUCUGUCUGUCAUCUAACUUUUCACUCCAGAACUGCUGUCCCACUUUGUCCUCCACGCUUUUUCCUUUUUAAAAAACAAGUGUUAAAAGACGCCCAAAAAAAUGAGAAAACGGUGAGGUUGUUAUUCUGUAGCAUAUCAGUGUAGUUUCUUUUUUCUUUUUUGUUCUUCGCUUUAUUUAGAUUUACCACAUCUCUUUUCUUCAGACACAACACAGGUAUCAACGACGACUGCUGGGUUUUCAAUAAAAUAAUACAGGGAAUAAACAAACGCA